AUGGAAGAAGCAAUAAGAGCCGUAGAGGAGAAAGAAGGCGUCCGCUUGACAUGGAAUACACUGUCUAAUAAUAAAGCAGAAACAGCCAAGAAUAUCAUCCCGUUAGUGUGUUUAUAUAAGCCCAUGCACGGGUAUAACGAUAAUUCAUUAUUACAAGUAGGGUAUUCAGCCAUUAGAUGCUCUAAGCCAGAGUGUGCCAGUGUACUGUGCCCAUACUCAUCAUUGGAUUUUGGUGCCAAGCACUGGGGAUGCAUUUUCUGUGGGCGCAUGAAUAUGCUGCCACCCCAUUACAGGGACAUAACCCCAGAGAACUUACCGUAUGAAUUAUUCGGUGACAGCACGACUGUAUUCUAUAAGGGCAAUCAGACAGCUGGGUAUAAGAGGACGUACUGGUUUGUAAUAGAUGUAUGCAGUUUUGAUGAGGAGAGGCAUCUUUUAUUAAAGGAGGGUCUUAUUACUGCACUAGACGGGAUGAAUGAUGAUGACCAUAUAGGUAUAAUACGGUACAGUGCUAAUAUAGAGAUAAUAAGCCUGGAGAACUUAGAUGUACGCAAGGUGCACGUAUUCCCUGCUGUAGAGUAUACGUCAGCCAUUCUUCAGAAGACAUUUUCCAGUGGGAGUAAUGGGUCAUCACCAUUAUUUAAAUUCACCAGGCGGAAGGGUGACUGUGUAGAGUAUAUCCAGCAAGUAUUCAAGAACCUACAGAUAAAUACGUUCCCAGUCCCUGCUGUUGAGAGGCCCAAGCGGUGCACUGGGAGUGCGAUAGAAUUAGCCAGUAGUAUAAUUCAGAGUACGUGCUCAGAGGGAACUGGCCACAUGAUAUUAUUUACACAGGGACCGUGCACGUACGGUCCUGGUGCCAUAUCAUCACUUAGCCUUAAACAAUCAUUAAGAACAACGGGGAAGGACUUAACCAAGUUAUUCUCUAAAGAGUCCAUAUACGACAGUAUAGCCAACAGCAUGGGCAGUAAAGGGCAUGUGAUUGAUAUUAUAGCAGCAGGGAUUGAUGAUUUCGGGUUUGCAGAGAUGCGCAGUCUUAUUGAGAAGACAUCCGGUGUAUCUGUGUUUGCCAGGGACUUCAACCCGUACAUAUACAAGGAGUCCAUAAAGAGGAUAUUCAUGAAGGGUGAGAAUAAUUCUGCCAUGAGGAGAGUGUUUGAUGCACGUACAACUGCAAAAGUAUCUAAAGCGUACAGGAUAAAGCACACGAUCGGCCAUGGGUUCGAGCACAGCACAGAUAAGAAGCAGAAUUACGUAUGGAAGCAGGGCACACUGUUUGACAGGACCACAAGUGCACUUGUAUUUGAGCAGACAGAAGAUGCCCCGGCUGGAUCAUCAGUGUACAUCCAGAUAUGUACACGGUUUAUUGACAGUACGGGCAAUGCGUAUGAGAGGGUAACCACCCUGGCACGGUCAUUCGGGAACUCUUCCAGCAUAAGCCAGCUUGCACUUGGGUUUGACCAGGAAGCAGCCUGUGUGUAUAAAGCCAAAGAACUUUCAAUUAAUGCAGAUAAUGGCGAUGGGAUAGAUGUGAUCAGGCAAGCUGACAGGUGCUUGAUCCGGUUUAUGCAGAGGUUCUGUACGUUUGUGAAGGACAGUGCCAGUUCAAUUAGGGUUCCACCGACUGUUUCAUUCUUCCCUGAGUUUAUGUUCUUCUUAAGGAGACUCCCUGCACUGCACACGGACGGACUGAGUUUAGAUGAGGUGGCUUAUCAGCGGGCCAUCCUUAUGUGUGAAGAUUCUCCAUCUACUAUGUGUAUUAUAAGGCCGUCCCUGGUUGCCUUCCAUUACACUGGGGAGAGAUCGCCUGUUGAAUUAGACUCACGUUCAUUAAAGCCUGAUGUAGCCCUGCUUGUGGAUACUUUCCAUGAUGUAGUCAUAUGGUAUGGCGAGAACAUUGCUGCCUGGAUUAAGGCCGGUAUAAAGGACACUCCUGAGUACUGGUUCUUUAAGGACAUGUUAGAGUCCUUGGAUAAGGAAGCCAAGGAGAUUGUUGAUAAGAGACUGCCUGUACCCAAACUCACCGUAUGCGACCAGUACAGCUCACAGGAAAGGAUCCUUCUGUGUAAAGUAAACCCUGCCUCAUCUGUUGCUAAUAGUGCGACCGGUGAGGGCCAAACAAUUGUAACAGAAGAUAUUGACUUUGGCAGGUUUUAUGAGUACCUGAUAAAAUUAGUGGUGGCUUCAUAA